AUGGAACAAGAGCUUGCGCCCGAGUCGAGUAGCUUGGGUUUCCCGCUACCCCAAAGCGCAAUGAGGAACAAGGCUGUGAAUACCGAUAUUCAGGUACCCAACGCGCACUUUCGAAGUCGACCGGUAACAGUAGCUGUUGACCCAGCUUCCUUGGUCAUAUCAGAAUGCAUAUCGGUCUCUUCUGCCAUGCGAAAGCAUGCUCGAUGGGCGGGCUCGUCGGUAUCCUCUAUACUGGGUGGCAACCCUAAUCCUGUUCAGUUAGGCCCACCUAGCCCUCUCUUGAGGCCGGGAAGCAAAAGCUCUAUGGCAAGCCCGGGAGUUGAUGGUGCGCAGGACUUUGCUAUCGCGAACAGGUGGGGUUUGCGGGGAAAGAAGGGUAAGAGCAUGCAGGAUAAUCCCCUGAUGGCUGGCUUUGGUCGUCUUCGUCAUGAACUAUCAAACUGCAAAGAUAUCCACAAGUUCGAUGCCCCAGCGUUACUCAACCCGUUCCUCCAAGUGAUACAGGCCUCCUCGACCUCUGCUCCUAUAACUAUCUUAGCACUAAAAGCGAUUCGGAAAUUCCUCUCUUAUGGGUUCAUAAACCCCAGUUCUCCACGAUUCCCACUCGCCAUGCAAUCCUUGUCGACAGCAAUAACCCAUUGCCGCUUUGAAGCGAGCGACUCUGCUCAAGACGAGGUUGUUCUGCUCAUGAUCUUGCACCUGAUGGAGGAUAUGUUGUCUGGCCCGGGCGGCGAGUUGUUAAGCGACGAGAGUGUUUGCGAAAUGAUGGAGACCGGCUUAACUAUGUGCUGCCAGUCUCGAUUAUCUGAGCUCCUCCGAAGGACGGCCGAAGCGGCUAUGGUCCGUAUGUGCCAGAUCAUUUUCGAGCAUCUUAAAUAUCUAGAAGUCGAAGCUGGUGAUGACUUAGAGGCCCUAGAUCACCAGGCGAACGGGGAUAUGGAAGGCGUAAAAAUGGUCCCUUCGACUAAUGGAAACAACGUCAUUGCGUCUUCUGAUGCUCCUGGUGGCGAACCGCGAGACUCGUCGGGAUCGGAGAGUACUCCUCAUAAUGUAGAAGAAAGGCCCGUGAUAGAACCCUCAGAACCCGACGAUUCUCUCGAUAUCAAACCCUACUCAUUACCGUCUAUGAAGGAAUUGUUCAGGGUUCUCGUAGACUUAUUAGAUCCCCACGACAAGCAGCAAGGAGAUACAAUGAGAGUCAUGGCGCUACGUAUUAUUCACGUUGCCUUAGAAGUUGCCGGACCGUCUAUAGCGAGACACCCAGCUUUAGCCGUCGUCGCUGAAGAUCGGUUAUGUCGACACUUGUUUCAACUCGUCCGAUCCGAUAACAUGGCUAUUCUCCAAGAAUCUCUAAUUGUAGCCGGGACACUACUUGAGACUUGCCGAGGGGUCUUGAAACUACAACAGGAACUCUUCUUAUCUUACCUUAUCGCGUGUUUACACCCACCGGUCGAAAUACCUCGCGAGGAGAAUAUCGAUCCUUCGCUUUAUGAUGGAAUUCCGCAAAGGCCAAGUGGAGUAAAACCACCUCCGUCACAAGCGGGUAGUGGCAGGUCGACACCGGUGCCGGUUAAGGACCGGCAGAAGUUAGGUAUGGAAGGUGGUGCACGAAAACCGGAUGCUCGUCAAGCCAUGGUUGAAAGCAUCGGGGCUCUCACCCGAAUGCCGACGUUCUUAGUUGAAUUAUUUGUUAACUAUGACUCUGACGCGAAUCGUGGAAAUCUAUGCGAAGACAUGAUUGGAUUGCUUUCGAGAAGUGCUCUGCCUGACUCUGCAACCUGGAGCACAACUAGCGUACCACCGCUUUGUCUGGACGCACUUCUUGGCUUCGUCCAGUCCAUAGCCGAUCGUCUUGACGAAGAGCCAGUAUCAGAUGGGUUACCAGAUCAAGCGACCCUCCGAGAAGAAAGACGAAGGAAGAAGGUUAUUAUUAAGGGCGCGACUAAGUUUAAUGAAAAACCAAAGGAAGGCCUAGGAUAUCUUAAGGAGCAAAAGAUUAUUACUGAUGACCCAUCAUCAGCUGCUCGAUUUUUCCGAAGGGCAAUGAUGAAUACCUUAAUGCCUUUUUGGAUUUUCGAUUUCUCCGGCAAGCGUGUCGACGAAGCAGUGCGACUUCUUCUCGAGAGUUUCCGACUCCCUGGCGAGUCACCGCUUAUCGAGCGAAUAGUGACUGCCUUCGCGAAGAAGUACUUUGCAACUUCAGGCUCCGAUAUUGUUGCAAGCGAGGAUGCUGUGUUUAUUCUUACAUACGCUAUCAUCAUGCUAAAUGUUGAUCAGCACAGUCCAAAGCUCAAGGGCUCGAAACGCAUGGAGCUCUUAGAUUUCGCACGCAACUUACGCGGCGUUAACGGAUCUAAUGAUUUCCCUCCCGAAUACCUCGAACUAACUUUCGAGGCCAUCAAGUCCGACGAGAUUAUUCUUCCAGACGAACAUGAUAACCAGCACGCCUUUGACUAUGCAUGGCGAGAACUACUCAUCAAAAGUGAAUCCGCCGGCCCGUUGGUACUUUGUGAUACUAACAUCUACGACGCCGAUAUGUUUGCCACAACAUGGAAACCGAUUGUCUCAACGUUAUCGUAUGUAUUCAUGUCGGCAACUGAUGACGCUGUAUUUUCCCGGAUAGUUACGGGGUUCGAUCAAUGCGCGCAGAUUGCGUCUAGAUAUGGUAUCACAGAAGCAUUAGAUCGUAUUAUCCAGAAUCUUAGCUAUAUGACUACGUUAGAUACCGAUGGUUUAUCAAGCACAGCUCUCAACACGGAAGUAAAGGUAUCGGAUGAUAGCGAUAGCGUUAUGGUUAGCGAACUCGCCGUUAAGCUCGGCAGGGACUUCAAAGCGCAGCUUGCCACACUCGUUCUAUUCCGUGUUGUAAAGGGGAGUGAAGAAGUCAUCCGCAAGGGUUGGCAACAUUUCAUACCCCUUCUCAAGUCAUUGAUCGAGCGGGCGAAAACUGCCGACACAGGCCUCAUGUCGGUCUUGUCUUCGUACAUCUCUAGCUAUGCAGCUGACGAUCCGCCGGAGCCGUCUGCCGAAGAGGUCGAAAGUUCGUUAAGCACAGUUGAUUGCAUCAAAGCCUGUGAUCUAGAAAGCGUCUUCGCGAAUAUCUCGGCCCUUUCAGCAGAUUCUUUAUCACCACUUCUCGAAGCUCUUUUGGACGAAUUGCCCGAUGACGAAAGUUCGGCUGUACCUGUUAUUACAGUGAAAGCAGAGAGUCUCCCUUCUUCACCCACCAGCGGAUCUAAAACCCCUUCCAAGAAGCCUACUUAUGAUCCUGCAGUAGUAUACAUCCUAGAAUUCUGUACCGUGCUUUCAUUGAGAGAUAACGAGACGGUUGAACAUCUUGGCAAACCUGUUGCAGAAGCUUUGCAGAUGAUAUUGCGUGACUCCCCUCAACACCACCCUAUCCUCGUUUCGCGAGCAGCUUUCUAUCAAUUUAGCAUAUUAAAGGCUAGCUAUGAUCAUGAUUUUGUACGAGCACCUGUACUGCUCCACGCUAUAUCUAGUUUCCCUAAAGAGACCCUUGUGAAGACGUCGCAGUUGGUUCUGCAAGGACUGAAGCUCUGCAUAGAUCAACCAGGGCCUCUGCGAAGCGAGAUUAUGACUUCGCCUGAUUUCUGGCUCAUCCUACGUACCCUUGCUGGUAACCCCAACGCAUCUUCUACCGUCUUCGAGAUCCUCGAAGGUGGAGUGUCAGGUUCUCCAUCAGCAAUUAUCGCAGAUAACUACGAGGCUGCAAUUUCCCUGCUCAAUGAGUAUGCUACCGCCGCUAAAGUCGGCGCAGUUGUGCAGCAGAAGGGCGAAAGGAGGCAGAGGAACGCUCGACCACCAAAAAAGGAGGCCUCAAGUGAUAAUGCCAUAGUUGCGCGGGGCGUAAAAGCCGUCAAUCUUAUAUCUAGCAUGACUGCUCGUAUUCCUCACUUGAUGAAACAAUCACAUCUUGAGAAUAGCGAGGCGUGGUCGGCAUAUUGGCUACCUAUUUUCAAAACGCUAACGACACAGUGUACCAAUCCGUGCCGUGAGGUGCGGUCUCUGGCAUUUUCGUCACUUCAGAGAUCGCUCCUGUCGCCCGAGUUGACAUGUAGCGACCACAAAGAAUGGACGGCCAUUUUUGGCGAGGUGUUGUUCCCUCUCAUCUUGAGGCUCUUGAAGCCAGAAGUAUAUUCUUCCGAUAGAGAUGGCAUGAGCGAGACAAGGGUGCAAGUCGCGUCUCUUCUUUGCAAGACAUUCUUGCAGUAUCUCGUACUUCUCUCCAAAUGGGAUGGCAUGCUGGAUCUGUGGUUGAAAAUAAUCGAUAUCAUGGAUAGGUUGAUGAAUAGUGGUCAAGGCGAUAGUUUGGAGGAGGCUGUCCCUGAGAAUCUGAAAAAUGUACUAUUAUUCAUGUCGAGUAGCGGAUACCUUGUUCCUCCGAGCAAGGACCCAUCACAGGAGAACUUAUGGGUGGAAACAUGGAAAAGAAUAGACCGUUUCCUGCCGGAUCUGCGCAACGAACUGGCACUAGAAGAACCGGAGCCCUUGUCAGAGGAGAAGCAACAUACCACAGGAGAGCCAGUUAAAGAGCAGCCGGCCGAAGAGAAAAGUAAUAGCCAGGAGGAAGUUGCGACAGCUUAG